AAUAAGUCAGACGAAAUAUCGUCUAAAAGGUUUUACAAACGGAAUAUUAAUAAUGAUGUUACCACACUUUUUCAAGCUUUGCAUAAAUGUGUGCUUAAACAUGAAUUCGACUGUCGUAUUAUAUUACCUGUUUCCUCUGUCCAUAGUUUCAACUGUUCCGGGAGAGCGAAUUUCAUGCAAGGAAAAUUUUACUACCCCUUUUCUUCAAUACCCUGCUCCAUCUUGUGGUGGAAACAAAAAUAUUAUUUAUAGUUUUUGUGAACCAAGUAGAAUUUCAAAAUCAAGCACCACACUUCUAUGUCUAACGACAAUAAAUUUUCGUUUAAUUACUUUCACAGCUCAGUGUUCGUCAUAUGAAUAUGAAACUUGGAAAUUUUACAUUGAGCCAUUAUUUCCAAAAUACAGCAUUUAUGUAAUAUAUAUGAUAUUUGGUGCACUAAUAUUUCUGAUAACAACAGUUAUAAACUUAGCUGUAUUAGUUGCUGUGGAAACAACAAAAUUAUAUAAAUCGCUUAAUACCGCUGUUUACGCAAUGCAUAUGACUUUAAUUGAUUUACUGCUAGCUUUAUCUGCUCAAGUCUUGCACUUAUCUGUGACAAUAAUAAUUGAAGAAGGUUACUUUCACCGAUAUAUACUCACUUCAAAAAAUACUUUUGAAUCUAUUUUAAAUUGGUAUAAUCACAUUGACUUUAUAUUGAUAAACGCUCAGUUUGCAAAUUUGGCGUUGUUAUCUGUCGAAAGAUGUUUUGCAAUUUUCAAACCAUAUUGGCACUUACAAGUAGUGACACCCAGAAAGUGCAUUUACUCUCUUGCAUUAGUAUGGCUUUAUACAAUAGUUGUAUACGUCAUUAAUUUUUAUACUAUUGACAUCCGUAAAGUGCAAUAUAUUUCUUUUGUGUUAGCAUACGGUAUACCAGCAUUGAUAAUAAUAUUGACCUUUUUUAUAGCAAUAUGGAAAGUUCGUAGUGCCAAAAAAUCCUCGGAAUCUUCAUAUAACUUCUAUAAAAACCAGCAAUUAGCAGUAACAGUCAAACUAGUGAAAAUGCUAGUAUUUCUUUUAUGCUGGAUACCUUUUUUCGCUUGUGAAAUGAUGCUACUUAGAAGUCCCAAUAUCAAUGUUAUGAUUGCAGCUAAAUGGACUAAGUUGUUGUCUUACUGUCACUGCAUUUUUGAUCCAAUCCUUUAUUCCAUUUCAAAUUCUGAAAUCAAAAAAGGAAUAAAAAGAAUCAUUCUGACUAUUGCGUGCAGCGGAGAACAACCAAAUAAAAAGGAUCAAACUUUUUCUUUUAUGAUGGAUACGCCUUUGAAUCAAAAAAAUUCUAAAUUGUUUGCGAUAGAAAAUAAUCAAUACGACAUCUCAAAUGAAGGUUCUUCACAAAUUUAAAUGAAAUUAAUAAUAAAAACAAUGAAGUUUAUUUUGGGUAAUACUUUUCAUCAUUUUGUUGGUACAUACAGUUUAGUACAGUUAUUAAAAACAUGUUAUGAUCAUGAAACGAUGUUCUAGUAACAUGUUUUGUAUAUUAUGACACGAAACAAAAAUUAAAAUAGGAAGUCAUAAAGCUCA